AUGUCGCUGACGUUCAGCCAUCUGAAUGCAGACGCAUUUGAGAACCCCAAGAAAAACAACGGUCGAAAAAGACCCCGCGUUCGGGAGCCCGUGGCAUGCGAUUCUUGUCGAAAAUCCAAAGUGCGCUGCGAUCGCAAGUCACCAUGCAAGCCGUGCCAAGAUCGUGGAAUGGACACACAGUGCACGUACUCCCGUUCCAAAAGUCCAGCAGACUUGGAAUCUGCCAGACCAAUAGUAUCCCCUCGAAGCACAGAGAUCGAUCUACACGCGCUGCAACAGGCGACACCCCGCUCCUCCGAUGGCGAGAACCUCGAUCUACGAUCGGUCCUGCCCCACAAGCAGACCACCGUUAAUCAUGCCAAUAGUGCCUUUAAAGGGUCGAACUUCAAAACAAGGUUGAUUAGCGGCACCCAUUGGAUGGCCGUGUGCAAUGAUUUGCCCGUCAUAGGGGCCAUGCUGGAGAAAACCGUUGUUUUUCAACCGAUGUGGAGAACUUUCGGGGAAGUCAAGUCUCUCCUUCGCGUCGCAAAUUCGGUACCAGCCAGGGCGAAUGGAGAUGGUAAGAAGCUACUGCAUCUCCUUCCCGAUCGAUCGACCUGCAAAAAGUGGAUCAGGCGAUUUUGCGAAACAUACGGUAGAAUCUACCAUGUGAUCGACCAGAACUGCCUGAUCACUGAGCUGGAGGAAAUAUCGAUCGCAUCCGUCGACGCCAAUGAAGUGCAUACUCUCAAGAUUCUGUUAGUCAUUGCGAUUGCCAUGCAGACCGACAAGUCAGAGCGACUACACGGGCGUCUGCUACUGCAAGAAACGGAGAGCCGUAUUCAUACAUCGACAUGGUUCCAAAAACCUUGUAUCGGCGUCGUGCAGGCUUUGUUGUUGAUGAUCAUCAUGAAGACCAUCACUGCCUCUGAUACUGACAAGAUUUAUAGCCUCAUGGGUAUCGUGGGGCUGACUACGCAAUUGGCGCUGAGCAUGGGCUUGCACCGGGAUCCGGCCUUUUUCCCCGGUGUCACUCCUUACUACGCAGAAGUUCGGAAACGAUUAUGGUCGUGCUUCUUCCGAUUGAACCUCGAAUAUUGCAUCCGGAGUGGAUCCCACUUUGGUCUUCGACUGGAAGAUGUGGACUGUCCUCUCCCGAGCCCUAUCGACCUUCUGACCCUUAACCCGGGAAACAUGAUGGAGUCAGGUACCUUGUUGAACCAAGCCCAGGAAGCAACGGACCAAGCUUUUAAUAUUGCUGCAAUGAAGCUUGCUAUAGUGAGAGCUCCAUUACACCAGCGGCUUUGCUCCACCACUCCUCAAUUGUCAAGCGAGGUACGCGAUCGAAUGCGCGCCUCCUUCCACAAGAUCCUGCGUGAAUUGCCUCCGAAUCUGCAAGAGGGAGCUUUGUCGUGCAGUCCAAUUGAAAAGCUUCAGCAAGCCUUAUUAUCAGUGCACGUGCAUAGCUUCAUGAUCAUCAUCACACUCAAUUCUGUCCUAGGAGUUCCGUCUCAUAAUCCAGAGCGGGGCGAUCUUUAUGAAUCAUGGGACAAUUCGGUAUCCAUUCUCUAUCAGUUGCAGGAGGUCUUACAGAGCGGCUUUGAGCUGUCUAGCGUUGCUUAUCAUCUACUCUGGACUGACCUUGCCCGCGCAGCAUUGACUGCAUGUUUGGUAAUUGGUCGCCUGCUUGGCAUCAAUCUGAGCACAGCCGUCUCCAAUGGGCCCCCGCCCACGCUGGUCAUGUUCCAACAGCUUUUGCUGAAAUAUCUAGACGCUUUCUCGGAGAUUCUAGUGGGAAGAUACCACCUCGGACCGGUUGCAGCGAAGACGAGACUCGUCCUUGCUGUCGCAACAGCUAUCACAUCAAGCCUAAUCAGCGACUUUGGCGGCUCACAACAGGAUUCCAAGUUCUUUCAGGUCGGUAUUACAGCUGCUGAGGAGGUUGUAACCGAGAUGGCGCUUUCUCUGAAAAGAGAAUACCAAGACUCAACACUCGCCUUGCUGGGAUUCAAUAACGCAAGGACGUCAGCUCCACCAAGUGCCCCCACUCCUCUUGCGGCGAAUUGGACGGACCAUGCACAAGUUCCAGAUCCCUUAAUUCAGACGUUGUUUCCGAGCGACUGCGACUUCUACCCAGAAUCAGAUUCUCCGGGUCUGGGUAUGCAGUCCGAUCUAUUUUUACCAUAUUCCAUGGCGCCAUCCGAAUCAGUUUCGACGAUUCAGUCCAGGCCUGACCUUUUGUGGGAAGAUAUGUAA